CAAUGGCAACUAGAAAAACUCAUGCACUCAAGUCUUCUAGAAAAUAUAAAACAGGCUUACAGAGUAAAUGUUAAUUGUAGAGUGAAGAUCAGAUUGGAUUGUAUGGAUCGUCUUACCAUGAUUUGGUUCUACUUGUAUGCUCUAGUCAUCAUCCUGAAAGCUAGUAGUGCAAUAGACACCAUGUUUCAAAAUCAGAGCCUCAAAGAUGGCGAGACCCUUGUUUCAGAAGCUGAAGUUUUUGAAUUAGGGUUUUUCGGACUUGGGAAUUCACGUUAUCGGCACUUGGGGAUAUGGUAUAAGCAAAUAUCAGAACUUACUAUCGUAUGGGUUGCUAAUAGAGAGGUGCCAUUUGUUGACCCCACGGGUGUGCUCAAAAUCAGUGACAAGGGUACGCUAGAGCUUCUCAGUGUUAGCAAUACCUCAGUUUGGUCAUCCCAAUCCUCCAAACCAGGGACAAAUAUGAAUCCAGUGGCACAGCUUUUGGAUUCUGGAAAUUUUGUCAUCAGAGAUGAUGUCAGUGGCGACAUCAUUUGGCAAAGCUUUGAUCAUCCUGGAGACACUUGGCUACCGGGAAUGAAAAUCGGUGUGGACCUUGUAACGGGCAGAAAAAGGAACUUGACAUCAUGGAAGAGUUCUGAUGAUCCUUCAUCAGGUUCGUAUACAGUUUGGAUGGACAUCAGUGGAUAUCCACAAUUAUAUACUAUGAAAGAUGAAUCAAGUUUCCAACAGAGGGUUGGAUUUUGGAAUGGACAAGGGUUUACUGGAAUGCUGGGUGUAGGACCAAACAGCUUAUAUGCGUUUGACUUUGUUUUUACUCGCGAGGAGAUUUACUCCAAAUACACAGGAUUUAACAGUUCAAUUCUUACUAGGAUGAUACUCCAUCAACAGGGCAGUUUCACGCAGUUGGUGUGGAUGCCUAGAAUGCAAGCAUGGAAUGUAUAUAUGAUUGUAGCUCGUGAUAUCUGUGACCGCUACGAUUUAUGUGGUCCUUAUGGAAGCUGUAACAUCAACCGUUCGCCAGCGUGUGCGUGUUUACAAGGAUUUGAACCCAAGUUGCCAGAAGAAUGGUCUGCUGCAAAAUGGUCAAAUGGGUGUAAGCAUAACAUCACUACUACCGAUAAAAAUGGGUUCAUUAAGUUUACAAACCUGAAAUUGCCCGACUCACGGGAUUCAUGGUUCAAUAGCACCAUGUCCCUUGAGGAAUGUGGGAUCCUUUGCAGUCGCAACGUCUCUUGUACAGCUUAUGCAAAUAUUGAUGUUAGAGAAGGCGGAAGUGGAUGUUUACAGUGGUCAACUGAGCUGCUUGAUAUCAGAGAGGCUUCGGAAACAGAUUCCUCAGGGCAAAACAUCUACAUAAAAAAGCCCACCACCAACAACUUAAUUCCAGACAAGAAGAAGUCGAACACGAGUCUUAAAGUGGCCAUGUCAAUAGUACUCACAGUCGUUAUGCUUGGCUUUGCACUGAUACUAUAUGCUUGGAGAAGGAAGAAGAAAUCACGUCGUAAAGCAAACAAGAACAAGAAGCAAGAUUCUGAUCUGCCUUUGUUCAGCUUGAGUAAGAUAAUCAAGGCCACCAGUAACUUUUCAAUCCUCAAUAAGCUAGGACAAGGAGGUUUCGGUGCAGUUUACAAGGGUGUGCUUGAUGAAGGAGGAGAAAUAGCUGUGAAGCGGCUUUCAAAGACAUCAAAGCAAGGACUUGAUGAAUUCCAGAACGAAGUUAAAUGUAUUGCUAAGCUUCAGCAUAGGAAUCUUGUGAAGCUUUUGGGAUACUGCAUUCAAGGAGAGGAAAUGAUGUUGAUUUAUGAAUACAUGCCCAACAAAAGCUUGGACUCUUUUUUAUUUGAUGAAAACAACUCCUUGUUACUCGACUGGCGUCAACGCUACCACAUUAUCAAUGGGAUUGCUCGAGGUCUUCUUUAUCUCCAUCAAGAUUCCAGGCUUAGAAUAAUCCAUAGAGAUCUAAAAGCAAGCAACGUUUUGCUUGAUUCCAACUUGAACCCAAAAAUAUCAGACUUUGGCUUGGCUAGAAUGUUCAAAGAAUAUGAGACCGAAGCUAACACAAACAAAGUUGUUGGUACAUUGGGUUACAUCUCUCCAGAGUAUGCAGUGAAUGGGCUUUUCUCAGUGAAAUCAGAUGUAUUUAGCUUUGGUGUUUUGGUGUUGGAGAUUGUGAGUGGGAAGAAAAACAGAGGAUUCUCUCAUCAAGAUCACCAUGAUAACCUUCUCGGGCAUGCAUGGAGACUUUACAAGGAAGACAAACCUCUGGAGCUGGUUGACACAGCCUUAGGGGACUCGUGGGUUGUUUCUGAAGUAUUGCAAUCAAUACAUGUUGGUUUAUCAUGUGUGCAACAACAUGCAGAUGAUAGGCCAAUUAUGUCUUCUGUGAUUCAUAUGUUGAGUGGUGAGGGUGCAUUAUCUCCGCCACAACCACCUGGCUUUUUCACACAAGUGGCAAAGCCUGAAGAUAAGUCUAACUUAAUCAUACCAGAAGUGUUGGUCUCAGUCAAUGAAGUCACGAUUACACAAUUUGAUGCUCGAUAAUUACAUAAAGGUGUAGACCCAUGACCAAGUACCUGAUCCACAUCCAGUGAUUUGCACACAAAGUGCAUUUCUAUUUCGUUUCCUCUUGGUAUUGUUAUAAAUUCAAUGUGAUUAAAGUAUAGGGCGUAUAGAAACCCAAUCCUGAUUUGGAACUUAAUCUGAUCUAGUAAUGCAGUAAGCUACUUUACAAACUAAGAUUCAUUUCUGUAAGUCUCUACCCAUGGAAAUGAUAGAAAUGAUCAUCACUAGACCUAUGCUACAAACCAUGGAAAUUCACAUAAACCAACAGCGCUGUCACACCAGCUGUUGAUAAAAGUUAACAUCUUGAUUAACCACAAUUGAAAGGCGGAAAGAGGCUAUAACAAUAAAAUAUUCGAAUUUAUGGUCUUGCAAACUACAUGUUUUCUUUAAGAAUUUUCAACAAACACGUAAUUGGCAAUGUAGGUUACAGUCAGCAAUCGGAAUCUAAUCAAGAUUGGGAAAAUUGCAGCACAGAUAAAAUGUGAUGAUUCAGAGAUUACCUUAUUAUCUCAAGCAAUUCCUUAUUCAUUCCAUCUUACAGCUCCCUCACAGCUAACAAUCAAUAUCAAGAUCAGGUCAAGGAGAACGGGUACAGGAUAUAGGGUGGCAAACGUAAGUGUCAUUGGUUGAAACAGGUUGAGUGCUUGAACCUGAUAUAGUGUGGUGUCGACUUGUUUUAUUUUUGUGUUGCAACGAGUUUAGAGUUUAGAACUCGUAAUUACGUAAUGAUGAAGAGUUGAAGUAUUAAAUAAAUUGAAAGAGUAGGGAAAGAAAAUCAAUCAAAAUAAGUUUAAAGGAAUUAAAUCAUAUUGAAAGAGAAAUUAGCGAUUAAGAAAAGUAAACAAGUGGCUAAUUAGUGUUUUCUACAUUGUAAUUGAGAAAUGGGUAGCCGUCAAUUUUUCAGCCAAGUGUGAUGCAUGUUAUCUUGCGCCGGAGCUCAUAAAUUGUGGAAGAAAUAGAGGUGUCGUAGGUCAAAGUCAAAGGUUUACUUUUCUUUUCUUUCCUUUAACUUUGCAUUUGAGUUGAUUUUGAUUUUUUUAUUUUUGCUUCUCAGAUUUUUGAUCGCCCAUCUUCACUAAUGGAAGAAGACCCACAUAAUCCAAAAUUUGGACCUGUAGUAAGUGCAAAAGUCCUUGGUGCCCCUCAAUUUCUCCUUUGCAUAUUGCCAGAAAGAAAAAAUUCUGGCUUAUAUGCUCCUUCGGUUAAGCCAACAUGCUUCUCUUCUCAUCUUUGGCUAUGUAGAAACCAUCGACAAAUUGUAGAGGAACAAUGGUUUCAACCUGAUUGUACUCUAUAAGUAUAGUUUUUUGGCGUUCGACAACUCGCUUGGACUUACAGGCAACUCCAAUAUUCACAUCCACAUCAACAGAGAGCAGCUUCACAUAUAUUUUAGUCAACUAGCCAUCAAGUUCAUCUGAUUCAAGUAUUGGUGUUACAAUCGUUUAUAAAUCCAGUUAACAAUGAACACCCUUACAGUUAACAUCAAAAAACAAUAAACUGAAGAGAUAGAAAACAAAAUACAACUUGCAAUGAUUUGGCUAUAAAAAUUCUUCAAAGAUAUAAUUACUCUAUCUCAGUAUUGAAAACAACAUCAAAUCACCUAUCUGGAGACAGAUUAUCAACCUGGAAAUGAAAGAAAAAAAAUAUGUAUACAAUAUUUUCCACCUGGAAAUGAAAGAAAAAAAAUAUGUAUACAAAAUUUAUAGAGAUCCAAUUCGAUAAGCAAGGAAGGAUAUUAGGGGCUGCAGUCAGAACUUAUGUUCUAGAAAGAUCACAUGUUUUCCAAGUAUCUGACCCCGAGAGAAACUAUCAUUCCUUUUACAUGCUUUGUGCAGCACCCCCAGAGGAUGCAAAGAAAUUUAAAUUAGGAUAUCUGAGAUUGUUUCAUUCUUUGGAUCCAACUAUUUGCUAUGAAGUAGCAAAUAUUCAUGAUGGAAGAGAAGAGUUGGAAACACGAUUGUUGAUUUUUGAUUUGUACGUUUCAAUGGGGAUUCAAUGUUGAUUUUUCUGAAGCGGUUACUGAGAGAGUUCACCAACUACAAAGGGUAGGGGUCGUGAUGUUCAUAUAUCAUCUAGAGAAUAGAACCGUAUAGCAUUUCCAAGAUAAAUGGUCAACAAGAACAGAGCAGCAACCUUUAACAAAGUAGCAACCUUUCGGUCAACAAGAGGAAUCAUUAGAUUUUGUGAUUCGUGUCCCGUUGUAACGAAAAAGCUGAACGUCAAAUACAUGAAAUGGAAUCAUCCAUUGUUUACAUUUAUAGUGUCUGGUAUGCUGGAAUGGAAUCAUCCAUUCCAUCGGAAUGACAUGAAAAAAUGUUUGUUUCUCUUAACAGAAUGGAAUAGGCUAUUCAUUAUGGUGUCCAUUCCAUUCAAUUCAACUAAACACAUUUUUUAAUCAUGAAACAAGUGGAGGUUGAUGAUCUUCAAGAACUGAUAUUACCUCAAGAGCACAGAAUACCAACAAAUAUUACAUAGUAUUUCCGAUGAGAUUCCUUCUGCCAUCUUUUGUCUUUAACAUAUUUUACGACUUUUUGACAUAUUUCAUUUUGUUGCUUUUACAGAUUAUGGAUUAUAUCAUCAGUAUUCAAAAAUUUUGUAUUAGAGAGCAUUCAACAAAAGUAGCAUAUCAUGUACUCUGUAACAAAAUUAGCGACCAACUGUAUACUUAUAAAACAACAUAAGAGUUGUACAAUUUUUUUUUUGAGGAACGUGAUUCGUUUGCAAUCAA